AUGUUCGUUUGCUUCAUAAAGUAUAAUUAUCUUGAAGUCCCUAAUAAGAAUCGUACAAUAGUAAAUGAUGUAUCUCCCAGAUCAAACAAUUUGAUUAAUACCCCAAGAAGUUUUGAAUUCUACUGCCAGCGAUUCAAUACACCAUGUUCCGAAAAUAUUUUUGUGAAACAUCCAACUCUGUCCGUAGAAAAAUUGAUAAAAACCGAACAAAAACAACAGCAACAAAGAAAUUUAUUUCCUCAUCGAUCAAUAGCAGAGAUUGGUAUCGCAAUUGGAUUAUGGAGAAAAAUUGAUAAAAUGCAUCAACAAAUUGACGAUAUUAAGAAAUCUCAUGAAAAGCACAAUCAUGUACGUCAAUUACGUUUAUCGCAUACACAAAAAUACUGGGAGAAUAUUGUUAAACGUGGUAAACGUAUAGCUCUGUUACAAAAACAAAGAAGUUACGAAAAAAUGCAGUUCAAUAAACGGAAAUCAGAUCAAAUUAAAGUACAGAAUGAAUUAAAUGAAAAACUAAAAAUGAAUCGGGAAAAAUUUAAAUUUCUUGAAAAUGAUCAAAAACAAUUAAAAAUCAAUAAUCAAUUAACUGAAAAUUAUCUGAAUUAUAAACAAAAAUUAUUAGAUCAUGAAUUAUUGAUUGAAGAGAAAUAUCAACAUUUAAUAAAUUUACAAAAUCGAACAAAUGAAAUCAGCCCUAGCAAAUCCCGAAUAAAUAAAGCUAUUAAAACUAAAAAGCAACAUCAAAAUGAAUUAUCUUCGGAAAUUCAUUGGAAUCGAUUAUGUGAAAAGUUUACUAUUGAGUCAAAUAUACAAGAGCGUAAAUUAAAAGAAUCCAAAUUAACUAGUGAACAUGUGAAACAAUUACGUAAUCAAAAACUUGUAAAAAUCCCUAUCUCCAUGAAAUUAACUAAUUUAACAUUAGAUAAUUAA